UGGCGUCGAGAACACAAACCUGCCGACAGUCAUCGGUUUGAUAGGCCAAGCCCCCUCCGGACCACGUACAUCACUGUGGAGUCGGCGUUUUUCGCUCAGCCAAACUACAGUGUCGGCUACCAGUAUUGUGUUCCGUAUUUAUCAUGCACAUGCACUACGGCAACGGGAUUUUAAUAUUUCUAGUGAAUGGCUCAGUCCGGAAGUUGACUUUCGAAGGGAAAUAACUCCUAGUACAAGAACUAUUAUACAACAGGAUCAACAAAGAUGUCAUUGAAUGCUGUUCGUCAUCUUGUUCGAUCUGCCGCCGCUCAGAAUUAUCAACUAUGUCGGGCAGCAGCAGCUCCACUAGUCCAGAGAGUGAAGUUUUCAUCCGAGUACUACACACCACCAGAGGAGUAUCCUCCCCCACCCCCAUACAAGGAAAGGAUGAAUGAGGACACAGAGGUCAUGAGAUCUCGCCUUCUGUACCAAAGUAGGAAACGAGGGAUGCUGGAAAAUGGACUCCUUCUAAGCACAUUUGCAGCCAAGUAUCUUGAUGGUAUGAAUGAAAAGCAGCUGACAUUAUAUGAUCGCCUUAUCAACACUCCUAGUAAUGACUGGGAGAUCUACUAUUGGGCUGUUGGCCAGAGACCUGUCCCGGAGAAAUUCCAGAGUGAAAUCAUGGAUAUGUUGAUGGAACAUGCCAGCAACAAAGAUCGUCAAAACCGAAGUCGACAACCAGAUCUUCCAAAUACCCCUUAGAUGUGUUCUUUUAAUUUAUUUGUUUUUUGUGGAGAUGACUGUGUAAAUAAUUUUUCUAUAUUAAAAAUGUUAAACAAAUACU